UGGAGGGCAGAGGAGUGGAGGGCCAGGGGACUAACCUGGCCAUCAAACGGACUGGAAGCCUCUCCUCUCCUGGGAUCAUGUACCCUCAGGGCAGGCAUCCGGUCCCCUUGCAACCUGGCCAGUCUUUCAAGUUCACCGUCCUGGAAACUCUGGACCGGAUCAAGGAGGAAUUCCAGUUCCUCCAGGCCCAGUAUCACAGCCUCAAGCUGGAGUGUGAGAAACUGGCCAGCGAGAAGACGGAGAUGCAGCGGCACUACAUCAUGUACUACGAAAUGUCCUACGGUCUCAACAUUGAGAUGCACAAACAGGCGGAGAUUGUGAAGCGUCUCAGUGCCAUCUGCGCUCAGAUCAUCCCUUUUCUCUCUCAAGAGCACCAGCAACAAGUGGUGCAAGCAGUGGAGCGGGCCAAGCAGGUCACCAUGGCUGAACUCAAUGCCAUUAUCGGGCAGCAGCAGCUCCAGCACCUGUCCCACCACGCCCCGGGUAUCCCCCUCACGCCGCACCCGUCCGGCUUGUCUCUUGGCGCAGGUGGCUCGGGACUCCUGGCACUGACGGGGGCCUUAGGGGUGUCAGCCCAUCUCGCCGCCAAGGACGAACGCAACCACCUUGACCCAGAACAUCUCAGAGAGGGAGCACCCAGCAGGAGUAAGUCGGCGUCAUCAACAGACAGUCAGGCCCCAGAGGAGCGUCAGGGGCCAUCAGGCGGCUACGCCCCCUCACAGAGUGGAGUGGAGGCCAAGAGGAGACGCUGCGACGACAAAGAGGCCCUCGCGCCACACUCAUAUGACAGUGAUGGAGACAAAAGUGAAGACAAUCUGGUCGUGGAUGUGUCGAAUGAGGAGCCAAAUUCCCCUGUAGGCAGUCCACCUCAUUCUCCCCGAGGGAACGGUUUGGACCGAGCUCCUCCCCUAAGAAAAGAGCUUCCAGGCUCCUCGGGCGCUGCAGAGGCCCCCUCGACCCCGAACCCGUGUAGCCCCGCUCCAGGAAAAGCCAAGGAUCCUGUACAGGUGGAUAAAUCCCAGUCACCCUUGUCCAAGUCCAGCACCCCAUCGCCAUCCCACCGUGAGGCCCUCACACCCGGAGCUCCCGGAGCGCCCGGUCCCAGCACUUCCUGCCUUCGCUUGGUCAGCAAAGCGGCGUCUGCUGCCGACCCCCUCGCACUGCGCAGCCCUAUGUCCGUGCCCCCCGGUUCAUACCCGGCUCAUUUUGGCGUGGUGUCCCACGCAGGACUCAACGGCGAGCUGGCCAGCCCCGGAGGUUUCGGCGGGGCUCUGACUCUCUCGCCCCAAAUCAGCGCAGCCGCCAGCGCCUAUGCUCGAAGCCCCAUGGUGGCUUAUGACUCUCGGUCUCACCUGAGGGCCCCAGGCCUGUCAUCCUCUCUGCCUGGUUCAUCUGGCGGCAAACCGGCUUACUCGUUCCACGUGAGCGCGGACGGGCAAAUGCAGCCAGUGCCCUUCCCGCCGGAUGCCUUACUGGGCCCAGGCAUCCCUCGUCACGCCCGACAGAUCCACAGCCUGAGCCAUGGCGAGGUGGUGUGCGCCGUCACCAUCAGCACCUCCACACGCCACGUCUACACGGGGGGAAAAGGCUGCGUCAAAGUCUGGGACAUCAGCCAGCAGGGCAGCAAAAGUCCAAUGGCCCAGCUUGACUGUCUGAACCGCGAUAACUACAUCCGCUCGUGCAAGAUCCUACCUGAUGGACGCACGCUGAUAGUGGGCGGUGAGGCCAGCACGCUGUCCAUAUGGGACCUGGCCACACCCACUCCUCGCAUCAAAGCCGAACUGACGUCGUCUGCGCCCGCCUGCUACGCUCUGGCCAUUUCGCCCGAUAACAAAGUGUGCUUCUCCUGCUGUAGCGACGGAAAUAUCGUCGUGUGGGACCUGCACAACCAGACACUUGUCAGGCAGUUCCAGGGCCACACGGAUGGAGCCAGCUGCAUCGACAUCUCGAACGACGGCACCAAGCUGUGGACGGGAGGACUCGACAACACGGUGCGCUGCUGGGACUUGAGGGAGGGACGCCAGCUGCAGCAGCAUGACUUCACCUCACAGAUCUUCUCACUGGGUUACUGUCCAACGGGCGAGUGGCUAGCGGUGGGAAUGGAGAGCAGCAACGUGGAAGUCCUUCACGUGUCCAAGCCUGACAAGUACCAGCUGCACCUUCACGAGAGCUGCGUGCUCUCGCUCAAGUUUGCCUACUGCGGCAAGUGGUUUGUGAGCACCGGCAAAGACAACCUGUUGAAUGCGUGGAGGACCCCGUACGGCGCCAGCAUUUUCCAGUCCAAGGAGUCGUCGUCCGUGCUGAGCUGCGACGUGUCCCCGGACGACAAGUACAUUGUGACGGGCUCGGGGGACAAGAAGGCCACCGUCUAUGAGGUGGUCUACUGA